CUGUCUCACGCUAACAUUCGUACAUGUCUUGUUCUAAGCCACUUUCUUAUACACUGGAUUUGGAUUGUAAUUUAAUAAAGAACUAUUUUUAAUUGUAGUUGUAUUGUUUUAACACCUAUCAUUACCUUACCAUUAAUAUCUAACAUUAUACAUUUGGACUUAAAAUUGAGUCGUGAAUAGCUCUUUUAUUCGAAAAUUAACAACGUUUUUGUAUUUUGUUUUUAUUUUUCUUUACUGAAUGAAUUAUCAAAAUUGUUCUGCUAAGCAGUUUAAACUGGGUAAAGUUAAUGAUUUAUAGGCUUAAGAAUCGAAUUAUUUGACAAGACUAAAUUAAAAUGAAAGUUUUUGUGAUUCUACUUUUAUUAUGCUUUAAUCGCAUAUCAGACAGCGCGUUCUGUGGACCUUCCAUGGAGUUCCACGACCACACCAAAACCUGCGUUCAGCUGGUCGAGAGGAGGCUGGACUACAAGAGUUCCAUAGACUUCUGCAGGCAGAACUUCGGUGCCGGACAAACACCUGGUCACCUGGUACACAUACUGGACAACAUGACGGACGUGUACAUCAAAGAUAUGCUCAAACGGAGAAAUGUAUUUUUAGCUUACAUCGGGUUAAACGACCUUGACACUGCGGGCUUAUAUAAGUGGGAUGGCUGCUCAAGGACGCCAUCUUAUUUCGCCUGGUACGAUAACCCACACACUCCAGUACCAGACAUGGCUGCUGUGGUUGUGUCCCCUACUGGAUGGACCGAGUGGCACCAGCACAGGGAGGAGUUCUUUAUCUGCCAGCACGAUGCAGCUGUUCCAACAGCCGAUGUGACCUGCCCAUACGCCGAGAAGGGAAGAGCUAACUUCACGUUUGAGUGCACGACUGUCAUGAACGACAACUCAAUAUUUUCAAGAAUGUACUUCUCACACAAUGGAAAGGAAAUCGUAGGUUGCGGCCCUUCUAGCUGCUCCAGUUCUUUAGGUUACAAAGGGGAACUAACUAUGAAAAACAACUCGUUGAAACUGGUUAUGAAAAUAUUGAACAUGGGUCAAAAUGACAUCGGAAACUGGACCUGUCAUGUGACAUUUAAAAGCGUUUCGUACGUGGCAGCUGACGUCUGUGAAUUUAAUUAUCUAGAGCCCGUCAGGCUGACCUCUAUGACAAUAAAAGUUGACAACGGAACGAUGUUUGAUAACAUUGUACCUACAGAGAGUAACGUCACAGUCACCUGUAACACUUCAGGAUUUCCCGUUCCUAAAAUAGAACUGUAUUAUCAAAACUAUAACGGGAAGUUGACAUUGUUACGUAAUGUGUCAGGAAGAUCCUUGGUGUACCGGCUAACCGGCAGGUGUAACGAGACCGGACGAUACAUGUGUACGGUUAACGGCGUCAACAACACGAAGAAGGAGAAGAGGUUCAAAGAUUUAAAAGUUGUGUGCACUGUCCAGCCAUGUAAUCAGCAGUUAGACGUACCAACUGUUGACGUGGUCGUCAACUCUACUGCCUCUACACGAAUGUGCUUUAGAGCCCACUAUGUUCCUACUGGUUUAGCAUUGUAUAAAGGAGCAGAGCACUCAGCUGUCCCCGGAAAUAAAUAUACGGUGGAAGUUAAUUAUAAUUACCCUAAUUGGUCACGUGGUGAGGUCAACAUUACUAUAUACGGAAUUCAGCCAGGAGAUGUGGGGGAAUAUUUUCUUUACGAGAACAACACUAAAGUGUUAAAGUUUCGAGUUCAAAUCCAAGUCGAAAUAAAGCCGUUAAAGAGCUUAAAUGUUCGCAUUAUACCCUACCUGGUGCUCAUCAGCUUAGCAGUAAUUGCGAUAAUGUUGUCUGUUGUGGUGAGAUGCAGAAAGAACUCCAAGAAACAUACUGAGAAUAUUAGAGAGAUAAUCAAUGCAUGGAAUGAUGACGCGGAUGAAAGAAGUGACGUUUUGUGGUAG